UAGCUACUCUCUCUCUCUCUCUCUCUCUCUCUCUCUCUCUCUCCAAGCAAUGGAGUAUUACACCAGUAGCUAUUCCACUUCUUCUUCCGUAUCCUCCUUCAUGACGAGCAUUCCCAGGAAGAGCUCUGCUUCCAAAUCGCCAUAUCUGAUCGGGAACGUAUCCAAAAAGAGCUCUUCAUCUCCACCGCUCUCGAGGAAUUCUUCACUGAAAAGGACCAAUUCGUUCAAAUCACCGCUCUCGAGAAGUUGUUCACAGACAAGCUCUUGUAGUAAUUCCAAGUACUCUGCCCUGCUCUCAGGGAGGAAUUCUUCUUCACGAAAGUGCUCUGCGUUUGUGAGAAGGUGCAGCAGCUUGGCCAAGGAGCAGAGGGCGAGGUUUUACAUCAUGAGGCGCUGUGUCACCAUGCUUGUCUGCUGGCACAGCGAGUCUUGUUGACAGAGCGAAAGAGUCCGUUGCUGACUUUUCACGGGCCUAAAGCAAAUAUUAAAGAUUGAAACUUUUUGCUAGACUACCAUGGGUACCAAAAUAAGCGGGGCUCCUAAAAUUUGAAAUUUUUUUACGGCUUAAAUUGGCCGCCUCUUUGGUUUUUAGCUCAGGACCGGCUCUCGAAGAGAGAUAUCAAGAAAAGGGAUUUCUUCUUCGUGAGAGAUGGAUCUACUAUUGGGUUAAUUUGUUUUGAGACCCAAUUUGAGUUUUCUGCCAUCCCGUUUGGAAGAGAUUGUAAUAAUUUUGGUUUU